AUGUGCGGAAAGAAGACGACGGCCGAGAAGAUCCUGAAGAACACACUCCACCUUAUCAAGCGCGGCGAGCUUGACCGGCUACGAAAGGAGCGGGCAGACAGCAUCAGAAACGCGAACCCCGACGCGGAUGUGCAGUCCAUUCUGUUUGAGGAGGCGGAACACGUCGAUCCAAUGCUCAUCUUCCGGGAGGCCGUGAGCAACUGCAUGCCAACGGUCGCCCUCACACCCAUGCGCAAGGGCGCUACCGUGUACCAGGUGCCGACCCCGCUUGACCCGCGACGUCGCCAGGCGCUGGCCAUUAAGUGGCUCAUCGCCGCCGCCCGUAAGCGCCAGGGGAAACCCAUGGCUGAGAAGCUCUACACCGAGAUCAUGGACGCCUACAACAACCAGGGCACCGUGAUCCGGCGCAAGAUUGAGACGCACAAGAUGGCCGAAGCAAACCGCGCAUAUGCGUCCAUGCGCUGGUCCCGAUGA